ACUGAUCCGCCCUCUAGGCUCUGUGCUGUGGGGCGUGCAGCGAUGCUGUAGAUGCUGCAGAAGACUGGAACGGAGGAUAACAUCAGUCACAGAGGAGGACAUCAACACUUUACUGGACAGCAGCUCAUAGUGCAGGUAUGGACAAUAAGGCAUUGGAACCGGAUUCUGUGAGUAUCCCCAUGGAGGAGGCCAUUAUUUGUAACAGAGACGGCCAACCUCCGGCCCAGCUUCAACCUCAGCAGCAGCAGGAGCCGUCCAUGUUGACCCACCUGAAGAAGGUUGAAAACGAUAUCACUGAAGCCCAACGUUUCUCCCACCUACCCAAACGCUCAGCGGUGGACCUGGAGUUCAAUGACCUCUCCUACACCAUCCAAGAGGGACCAUGCUGGAGGAGGAGAGGGUUCAAAGCCCUACUGAAGUGCCUGUCUGGAAGGUUCUGCAGUAGGGAGCUGAUCGGUAUCAUGGGGCCCUCAGGGGCCGGGAAGUCCACCUUAAUGAACAUUUUGGCUGGAUAUAGGGAGACGGGGAUGAAGGGUCAGAUCAUGGUAAAUGGUAAACCCAGGGACCUGAGGAAAUUCAGGAAAAUGUCCUGCUACAUCAUGCAGGAGGACAUGCUGCUGCCACAUCUCACUGUACGGGAGGCCAUGAUGGUUUCGGCCAACUUGAAGCUGAAUGAAACUAUAGAUGUGAAAAAAGCACUGGUGAAUGAGAUUCUGACUGCCUUAGGGCUCCUCGACUGUGCUCACACUCGCACCAGCUCGCUGUCAGGAGGUCAGUGUAAACGCCUGGCCAUCGCCCUUGAGCUGGUCAACAAUCCUCCAGUCAUGUUCUUUGAUGAGCCCACAAGUGGCUUAGACAGUGCAUCGUGCUAUCAGGUGGUCUCACUAAUGCGUUCUCUGGCGCUGGGAGGACGGACCAUCAUCUGCACCAUCCACCAACCUAGUGCCAAACUGUUUGAGAUGUUUGACAAGCUUUACAUUCUCAGUCAGGGACAGUGUAUCUACAAAGGCUCAGUCCCUUACCUCAUCCCCUAUUUGAAGAGUCUGGGCCUUUACUGUCCCACCUACCACAAUCCUGCAGACUUCAUUAUUGAAAUUGCAUCAGGAGAGUAUGGAGACUUGAACCCUGUGUUGUUUGAGGCAGUCCAAGGUGGAAUGUGUGCACUAGAGGAGAAGAAGAACCAGUGUGGUACCAAUGGGACGUCAGUCUGUGCCACAAAGUACCCUAUGAAUGCUGGACACAUAGAGAGCCAUACUUUUUCCACAAGCACACUAACACAGUUCUGUAUCCUCUUCAAGAGAACCCUCAUAACAAUAUGUCGAGACCAGGUUUUGACCCACCUCAGACUGAUGUCCCACAUCGCCAUAGGUGUGUUAAUAGGCUUGCUCUAUCUGAACAUUGGCAAUGAUGCCAGCAAGGUCUUUAACAACACUGGGUUCCUCUUCUUCUCCAUGCUUUUCCUCAUGUUUGGUGCGCUCAUGCCAACCGUGUUAACCUUUCCUCUGGAGAUGUCUGUGUUCCUGAGGGAGCAUCUUAACUACUGGUACAGCCUGAAAGCCUAUUACCUUGCCAAGACCAUGGCUGAUAUCCCAUUUCAGGUUAUCUGCCCCAUCAUGUACUGCAGCAUAGUGUACUGGAUGACGGAACAGCCCCCUGAGGCCACCCGCUACCUACUCUUCCUAGCCCUGUCCACCUGUACGGCCCUGGUAGCCCAAUCCCUCGGCCUGCUGGUUGGGGCCGCUUCCAGCUCACUACAGGUAGCCACAUUUGUUGGACCUGUCACAGCUAUCCCAGUGCUGCUUUUCUCCGGAUUCUUUGUGAACUUUGACACAAUCCCCAAGUAUCUGCAGUGGAGCUCCUAUGUGUCUUAUGUCAGGUAUGGCUUUGAAGGAGUGAUCCUGUCUAUCUAUGGGAUGAACCGCUCAGAACUGGAGUGUCCCGGGAAGGUGUGUAAAUUCCAACAGCCUGAGGAGGUUCUGCAGUUACUGGAUGUGGAAGACGCAAAGCUCUACAUAGAUUUCAUCGUCCUAGGCCUUUUCUUCGUCAUCCUACGACUGGCCACCUACGUUGUCCUCCGCUACAAGAUCAAGUCUGAGCGAUAGGUUUUUAAAAUCGAAUGCCUCUCCCUGAUGUCGUUGCAGACCUGAUCUUUAUCUAUGCACAAAAAAACAACCUCUGUCAUGUGGGAAUUUCAUUUAAUUUUACACAUUGCUGCAAACAGGACAGGAAAUAAAUUCUGACUGACCUGUUUUACCUCAGACAUCAGAACUUCUGCACACACAGCCAGACCAGUCACGAGGAGGGCAGAUAUACUGCAGCCUCAUACUGGACAUUUCAUAUUCCUGUCAGAAAGAAAUGUUUUCUCAACAAGGCAGAUGUGCUAAUACAGCGUUUACAUUCCUACAAACAACCUGAUGACACACUGGAGAACAGGUCGCAUGUGUUGCGCCUGAAAGAGUGAAAAUGAAUUACAAGUUUCCAGCUUAAUCAUGGUGUCAUUAUAACUGCACACUGGAUGAGAGCAGUAUUUUUGAGUUAGUUUUUUUUCUUUUUCUCAUCUUAUGAUUGAAUAUGGAGUCCUAAACCAUUUAUUUCCUGUGUAUCAAUGUAAUCAUUUGAGCUAGAUUGUUUUUAACAUGUUGAUAGUUGUAAAUUAAGCUCUGUUAUGAUUGCUUACCAAUAUUUGGCGUUUUUAUACUGAUCCUAUAAUACAAUCUAAAAUCUUACAAAUCAUAGUUGGAAGAAAAUUGUUCAGCCUUAAUGAUUUUAUACUGAGCUGUAUUUUCUUAAGUAUUAUAUGCAUAUGCAAUAUCAACGUUUUUAAGCAAAAUAGCUGAAUUACUCACUUUAAUCGCUGUUCAUUUGUUUCCUCACUACACCCAGUAAUGUCACAUGGACACAGCAGGCUCAUGCUGUGAUGUUUGGUGCUAUCUGAAGUUUCAUGUUUUAUCCGAAUUAAACUUUUUCAAUGUGCUGUUUGAGGGUUAAGACUUGGUUUUAGAGUUAGGGUUAGAAUGAGUUUUAGCUUAGGGUUCGGCAUUUAGUUUGGAUGGUUAAGGUCAGGGUAAGGGGCUAGGGAAUUAAUUAUGUCAAUAAGUUCCCUCACUAAGAUAGAAGUACAA